AUGCGCAGCGCAGUAAGUUCCUUUAAGAUGAAUAUGCAGGCACCUGAGGGGGAAGAUGCACCGGAGGACUCAAACGAAUGCCCAGUGUGCUACGAGUGUCUAUCAGGCAUUGAGAGGACACUGAGUUGCGGACAUGUUUUUUGCCAUGAUUGUUUGGUCAAAACCCUGGUCAGCGUCAACAAGGACGGCGGAGUAAUAAAGGAUAUGAUUAUAUGUCCCAUAUGCCGACACAUGACAUUCCUCAAAAAAUUGGAGGGCUUGGCUUCAGAAGGUACAGAAAAGGACGCAGAGGGGGGGCAGACUCUGGAGGUCCCAGUCCCCGCACCUACUGGAAACUUACAGUUCCGAAGCGCACGACGCGAUUCAAGAAAUUCUGCACCAAAUGGAUUCAACUGGAUUGUGCGACGUCUUAGAAUAAUUGUGGAGAGGUUAAACAGACACAGACUGAUCAAACCUAGCCCAAUCGAUUCUCAGAUUUUCAUCAUUAGUGCCCAAGGUCGACCAAUGAAGGAGGAAGAUGCGCUGAGUGUUGUUACAGUGACCGUUCAACCUAACCGCAGGCAGCGGCGGCACCGACAAAAAAUUUGCACAACUUCGCGUUGUUUGGUCGUGCUCCUUCUGCUGUUUACCUUGUUGGCAUUGGUAGCAGCGACACUUCCUUGGGUUUUACUGGCAUAAACUAUCCUGGACAUUCGACUGAGAAGGCCGGCCGGCAGGCUAUAUUUAUUUUUUAAUAAUUGCACUUAACACACAACAAACACAGUUGAACAUAAUGGUUUUUGCAACAAAUAACAAACUUCAUUGAUUUUGCUCAUGUUUGGAUAUUUUUAUUUUUAUAACAAAUGAAAAAUGGUGAUCUGAAGUCAGCUGUGGCCUUUUGAAACAUGUCACUGAUGUGUGUUUAUAUAACCUUGUGAGUGCACUAUAACUGUUGUGUAUUCUCUGACUGCGAGUCUGGUUGCACUGCAGUUUAUUUAGUUUCUUUGUUGUUAGACUAUGUUUCUAGAGUAGCCAUUUUGCAAGGUUUCAGAGAGAGAGAGGCGGUCCGGUCUCCUUGACAAAUAAUUAAUGCAUCUCGACGUUUAGGAGAAAGACUAGCAGGUAAAGAUGAGCUGGUCUGGUUAAUUGUUUAUUGUAAGGAGAUACACAGGUAACCAGUGGUAUUGACUUACAUCCGAUUGCACACUAAGGCCAAAUACUUAAUGUUAGUUGUGCUGUUGUACAGCAUAUCACAAAGUUAAGAAUUAUUAGGCCUAUCCAUGAUAGAUCAUGGGGUCAGUGCUAAAUAUGUACAUGAUUGUUUGACAAACAAAAAAGUUCACAGUCAGCAGUGGCUGACAACAGGGAGGUGUGCGGUAUGGCUCAGUUUUCUCCUGUCACAGGUGUUUGUCUCGUAGUUCCUGUCCUGCUGGUUGUAUCUCUUGUCAGCAUGCUUCUCAGACGCCUCUUGUUCUCUAUUGGGUUGGGAUAAGGAGGGGAACGACAGUGAUUUUAAGUGAAAAGUGAUUUAAAGUUAAUGACAUAAUUGGGACACAGAACCAACAGGCACAGUAGAUAAGAGUUGAUGGGCAGGGUCUCAUUAUAUAGGCAUAGUUCAUUUUCAUUUGAAACAAAACCCCAAAAAAUCCACUUGAAACUAAAUAGCCUGAGGUGAAUUAUAUGACUGAAAGCUUAAAAGACAGCUUCCCAAAAUGAAAAGGGUUUCAAAAGGAGUGGGUAAUGUUACUGUAUAUCACCAUAAUAAUACAUUACACUGUAUAAAACCAGUGCUUUUAUCUCUCAAUACCUUUGACGUUGACAGAUAUCGAUGACUAAAGAGCCCUUCCCAUAGCAGCACAACCAGUAUUACUGCAUUCACGGCAAACCUUGUGUCACAGUUCCUCCUGAGGAACCUAACCAUGACUCAUUGGCAAAAGAAAUGUCCUCACAUUCCAGCAGAUCACGACACCCGAGUCAAAGAACAGAUGGAGCAGGCGGGAUUAUAAAAAAUGUAGAGUUUAAUAUAUAUAUUUAUUUCUGACAUUCUGAUAAGGAUUGCGGUAGGCUUCACAGUACACACUGUGUUCCACUUGAUAUGCUAAGCAGAGGAGGAGGGGGUGGGAGUGGAGGGCUUGCCAAGCGGCAGGUGUACAGUACACUGAAAGCAGAAGAGAGGCGGCACAUCCAGGGUGAACAUCCAGCCUGCAUGGUCAGCACCCUCUUUAGGACCAAAGUCACAUCAGCGUCCAUUGUUUUUACAUACCGUACUGUAUAACACAUUGCAUUAGGUUUCCCUUGAGUUGCUCAUGACUAUCCCUAAUAAGACGGUGAUCAACACAAAUCAUGGAUUAUCAAAAGUCUAUCUAAGUGCAUGCAUGACAUUGUCACAUUUCCAAACCCACCCAAACAAAAUGUAAACAAAUUGAGCUUUGUCUUAGAUCUACACAGCCUUGUUGGGAGGGGGCGUGUGGAAUUGUAGUUGACAUAUUUAAGUUUCUGUUUUAAAAAUGUGAUGUGUUUUUGAGAACUGGGUUUGUAUAUGAUUUGGGUGUGUAUGGCUGAAAGUGAAUGUGUCUCCUAAGAAUCAUUCAUCGUAAUGUGCAUGUGAACAUGUUCCAAACUUCCUCCAAAUGAAAUGAAUGUUGUCAUAUUCUG